AUAAAUGCAAAGCCGCAUUAAGGCAACUACUAGAGAGUUGCCAGUGCUACAAAAUGCAAGCAGUAGAAAUUAUUGUGUUGUUAGUAACAAUAUUAAAGUUUUCUCAUGCACAACAACUUAACACAAAUUCGUUUCCUGAUGACUUUUUAUUUGGUGUAGGGACUUCUGCGUAUCAAGUUGAAGGAGCAUGGAACGAAAGUGACAAGAGUGAAAACAUUUGGGACCAACUUACUCACAACUCUCCUGAGUUAAUUAUUGAUAGAAGUAACGGAGAUGUAGUCUGCGAUUCAUAUCAUCACAUGGAUGAUGAUAUAGCACUUUUGAGAAAUUUAGGCGUUGAUUUUUAUCGUUUUUCUAUCUCGUGGACUCGUUUACUACCCAAUUCGUUUUCGAACGUUAUCAGUGAGACGGGUCUACAAUAUUACAACAAUCUCAUUGAUGCCCUCCUAGCUGCCAAUAUAAUUCCAAUGGUUACCAUCUACCAUUGGGAUUUACCAAGUGAAUUACAAAAAUUGGGCGGUUGGGCAAACCCAAUCAUAGCCGAUUAUUUCGCAGACUAUGCCCAAGUUGCGUUUGAGCAAUUCGGAGACAGGGUUAAAUAUUGGAUAACGCUCAAUGAGCCACAAUCGUUUUGUACUGGUUAUGGUAGCUCUAACCACGCCCCACACGUGGAAGAACCAGGAAUUGGGGAGUAUCUUUGCUCCUACACUGCAUUGAAAGCUCAUGCAAAAGCUUAUCAUAUUUAUGAUGAAAGAUACAGGAGUACCCAACAAGGUGUCGUUGGAAUAACUGCUUUAUCAAAUUGGUUCGAGCCCAACACAACAUCACCAGAAGAUAUUGCAGCCGCAGAGAUAGCAAAGCAAUUCAAUGUGGGACUUUAUAUGCAUGCAAUUUUUGGAAGGGAUGGUGAUUAUCCGGAAGUCGUAAAACAGGCAGUAGCAAAUCGAAGUGCUUUGGAAGGGUUUCCUUUUUCACGUCUGCCAGAGCUUACUGAAGAAGAGAUACAAUAUAUUAAAGGCACAGCGGACUUUUUUGGAGUUAAUCACUACAUGACUUAUGUAGCAGCAGCCAGAGAUCCAGACGAAAUCGGAGAGCCGUCGAUGGAGAAGGACAGAGGUGUAUCUGCUUGGUUUGACCCCAGCUGGGAAGGCGCUGCUUCUAGCUGGUUGAAAGUUGUACCAUGGGGAUUUAGUAAUUUGCUAAUGACGCUCAAUAACGAAUAUGGUUACCCAAUGUACGUUACCGAAAACGGAUAUUCCGAUUAUGGCGAAAUUGACGAUUCCCGACGAACUAAUUAUUAUCAGUUGUAUCUGAGCGCUGUCCUUGAUGCUUUAAGUAACGGAGCAAAUAUAAGAGGUUAUACAGCGUGGAGUUUGAUGGAUAAUUUCGAAUGGCUUGACGGUUUCGUGAAUCGUUUCGGACUCUAUUACGUGAACGUGUCCGACCCCCGAACGAUAAAAUCAUCUGGAGAAUAUUUCAAACAAGUUAUUGCAACAAGGGUCGUUACUACUACCAGUGCAACUGUUUCAACCAAUGGUGGUUCAACUACUCAGGCCCCUACAUAUGGUGAAUCGAAUGGAGGCAGCUUGCGUAUUAUAAUACCGCCUUUGUCUUUCUUACUCUUAUUAGUAUCCGCUCCUGUAGUGCCAUGGAUAUUGUAGUACAAUGAGCAAACUGUCUAAUAUAACAUUUAUAUUUA